GCCACGGUGCUAGUUUUAUGUCAAGAUCUAAAGUCCAACUGUUGCAACAACAUGAAACAACUUUAACAGCGGCAAAGUACUGGAAAGGAUUUAUCGGGACAAGGACUUGAACAUAUCGGCCAGUGCACAUCAAGGAUGUUUAAUACUCACCUGUGCAGGGACUGAGCAACAGAGGCCACAGGAUGGGAAAAAGCAUCACGGUAGCCUAUGCCCUGUGGGCAGCUGGCGGACCUCUGGGCCUUCACCAUUUAUAUUUAGGGAGAGACAGUCAUGCCCUGUUAUGGAUGCUAACCCUGGGAGGAUUUGGGCUUGGCUGGGUCAGAGAGGUUAUACGUAUUCCUGCAUAUGUUAGUGAGGCCAAUCGAGAUGCAGACAAAGAAAGAAAAAGAUCCCAUGUCACAAUCCCUCCACCUGUGGGUCCUGUCAGGUUUGCUGGACAGGUGUGUGUUGGGAUCUACUUUGGCACUGUGGCUCUGAUAGGACUGAACACCCUCAGUUUCUUCUAUUUGAUUGUUCUGCCGCUAUGUGUGGGCGCAGGGGUGCAUCUGGUGUCCAGUGUGGGCCAGCAGACCUCUGAUCUCCAAAAAACUUUGACUGCUUGUCUCAUAACUUCCCCAAUAUUCUAUGGCAGCACUUUAUCACCUCUCCCCAUCAGCCUGGCUGCCAGUGUCACGGCCGCACAGAACCGCAGGUUCAAACCCUCACGGUCACCUGAGAACACACAGCAAUUAGUCCCACGGCUUUACAGGCUGGGCCUUGCUUGGCUGGCCUUCUCUGCUCCGCUGGGUUACUGUAUUUUCCAUAACACUACAGCCACACUGUACUACCUGUCUGAUUGUGUGGCAGCACUACUGGAUAUUUUCUGGUUUCUGCCUUGGCUCAGAAAUGUGUUUGAGUACAUUCUUUUGAUGCCAUAUCGUAUCUUGUGUGCCCUGACUGGAGGGGGGUACUAUGAGGAAGCUUGGAGGAAAAUGCUGGAAAUACUGCUCAAGGAGUACACUGUGAGGGAAAAAGAGGCACUGCAGGUACUGUCGUUGAAAGCAGAGGCUUCGCUUGAAGAGAUAACUCGAAGCUACAGGGAGCUGGCAAAAACAUGGCAUCCAGACCACAACCCCAGCAAGGACGCUGAAGCAAUGUUUGUCAAGAUCCAUGAGGCUUAUGAAGUCCUUCUCCAGCGGCACAGGCCCCUUCGAUACAAAUAGUUGCCCUUCAUUGUCUUCAUGACUGGCAUGAAAAGUUGCACAGGGCACAGGAAUGAGACUCUCUUGAUUGCAGUGUUUUUCAGUCAUUAUCUUCUGUUGUUCAUGAGAGGUGAAUAGAGAGGAUGCAGGGCCUUGCAUUGUGAUGGCAUCAUCACCUGUUACUUCCACUUGACAAACAGCAUUUCACAGCUGUCUGAUUGGUUACUUGGCAGAGUUGGAGUCUCACAGGAUAAAAACAGCACUUUGCUGCCCCCUUGUGGUAUUAAAUGUGUACUGUCACCAUAAACUAUUUCACCACAAACAUUUUUGUUGUUUUCUCGUGUGCUUGUUUGAUAUUAAAUACUCAAUCACAA